AUGGCGUUCAGCGCCUGGCAGAUCCUCUCGCCGGUGCAGUGGGCCCGCUGGACAUGGUCGGCGGUGCGGGGCGGGGGCAGCCCCGAGGAGGGUGACGGUGCUGGCGAGGAGGAUGAUGAUGAUGAUGAGGAGGAGCAGGACCCGCCGGCGGGGGGCUCGGCCCUUGGCUUCAGCUCGGACUCCACUGAUAAUUUUGAGACCCCCGAAGCAGAAACGCCGGCCUGCUCGCCAGUCAAGGAGUUCUGUGAGCCCCUGGGAUCGCCAGAGCCUGAGGCUGGGAGCCAAGAGCCAGGUGGCCAUGGUGACCUGCUGGUAGGGGAAGCCCACUGGGACAGCUCGCCUGGGAAGCUCCCCAAAGAUGAGGCUCAGCCAGAGAUUGGAGCCCCUACAGCCAGCUUGGAUGCUAAAACUGCCCCUGACAGCUCACCCCUGAUGCAGCCCCUGGGCUGCCAGGCUGACCCUGGCCACUCUGCUGGGGAGCCUGUGCCCCAUGUGGGCACUGCCACCAUGCCAGCAGGGGACACUGGCACGGGGCUGCUGGAGCUGAGGGCUGAUGAUGCCCUGGGCCAGGAGCAGCUCGGGAAAGGGAAAACACCGGGGAGGAAACCAGAUGAAGCCACAGAGGAGACCCAGCUUGAGCAGCACGAGAGGAGUGUGAGCCCCUGCCAGCUGCAGAGCUCUGCCCCAGCAGCCCCACAACGCCUCCCCCAGCCCGGGGAGCUGGGGGCAGACCCAGCUCUGGAGGCCCCAGGGCAGCUCCUGAAACCUGGGGCUGAUUCUACAGAGGCCAAGGAGAGCGUGGAGGCCAAGCCAGCUUCACCCAGGAGGGGCAGCAGGAUCCCAGCCAGCAAGCUGACACCCAGGAGACACAGAGAGUCCCCCAAGAGAGCAGCUGAGGAUGCAGAGAGGGGUCCCACAGAGCCACCCUGGGGCUCCUCCCAGCUGGCUCCCGGCCUCAGCUCUCUCAGUGGCAGCUCUGUACUGCAAAAUUCACCAGUUCUCCCCAAGGGCUCUUACCAGUUUGACCCCAGUAACUUUGACUCCAUGGAUCCAUUCAAGCCCACCAAGACUCUUGCCAACAGUGACCCUGACUCCUGCUCCACUGCAGACAACAGCCUCAAUGAAAUCCUGGAAUCUCAGACUCUGGAGCUGCAGGACGAGGCCCUGAAAGGCAGAGACUCCCCCAAGAAGCCCAAGUCACGCCUGAUAACGAGUGGAUGCAAGGUGAAGCAGCACGAGGCACAGCAGCCCCUGGUCCUGGACAUCAGUGCUCAGGAUGAAGGAGUGUUGAUCUCAGAGAUCCCAGACAUUACACACCGGGAUGGACGUGCCACUGAUGAGGAGAAGUUGGCCUCCACCAGCUCCACGCAGAAACCAGCGGGGCUGGAGAAGAAGGCUGAGGCAGAAGAUGACCUGGAGUACUUUGAGUGCUCCAACGUGCCUGUGUCCUCAGGGAAGCACAGAGCAGAGGCAGGUUUUGAAAAGGAGAUCUGCAAGCAGAUGGAAAAAGGAGGGCCUGGCAUCUUCCCUGACAGCCCCGGGCUGUGCUCCAUGGACAAGUGCCCCAGCGUGGGCAGCAGUGAGAGUCCCUUGGCUGGCAUCUGCCUCAGCGAGUCUGAGAAGGCAGCUGUGCUCACACUCAUCAGAGAGGAGAUCAUCACCAAGGAGAUCGAGGCCAACGAGUGGAAGAAGAAAUACGAGGAGAGCAGGCAGGAAGUGCUGGAGAUGAGGAAAAUCGUGGCUGAGUAUGAGAAGACCAUUGCCCAGAUGAUAGAGGAUGAGCAGAGGACAAACAUGACAUCUCAGAAGAACCUGCAGCAGCUCACAAUGGAAAAGGACCAGGCUCUGGCAGACCUGAACUCAGUGGAGAGGUCCCUGUCGGAUCUGUUCAGGAGAUAUGAAAACCUGAAGGGUGUCCUGGAAGGAUUUAAGAAGAAUGAAGAAGCUCUGAAGAAAUGUGCUCAAGAUUAUCUGACCCGUGUCAAGCAGGAAGAGCAGCGGUAUCAGGCCCUGAAGGUCCACGCAGAAGAAAAAUUGGACAAGGCCAACGAGGAGAUCGCCCAGGUGCGCACCAAGGCCAAGGCGGAGAGCGCGGCGCUGCACGCGGGGCUGCGCAAGGAGCAGAUGAAGGUGGAGUCCCUGGAGAGAACCCUGCAGCAGAAGAACCAGGAGAUUGAGGAGCUGACCAAGAUCUGCGACGAGCUGAUAGCGAAACUGGGAAAGUCAGACUGAGCUCAGCACCCCCUGCUCGCCCAGCACUCUGCACUUGGCUGCUUCUCCUGUGACCUUGAGCACCUUGCCUUAGCCCUGGGUUCCUGCAGGAAAGCUCUCGUGUCCAGCUGCCCCUUGGCUGCCAGACCUGUGGCUCCUGAGCAGGGCUGCUCCCCUCACUGUCCCUGUCUGCUUCCCACAGCUCCAGGCUGGGAUCCCUGCAGUCAGCCUGGGCAUCUUCCUGGGCUCAUCCUGGGCUCAGCCUGGGCAUCAUCCUGGGCUCAGCCUGGGCAUCAUCCUGAGCUCAGCUUGGGCUCAGCCUGGGCAUCAUCCUGGGCUCAGCCUGGGCAUCA